AUGCCUAGAUUGUUGCUUCUAGCCGGGCUUCUUGCUUUGUCGCACAUUCAUCGAACAGUGGCCGAAGAUGUCGGCACAAGCUUCGAUACCAAGGAUUUACAAGCUUUCGAGCAUGACUUCGGUUCUUUCCCCUACAAGACUUUCGUAUCUUCGGACCUGAUAUCUCCGAUAUUACGACGACCUUCCGAAACAGUGCAAUGUGAUGAUGACAACUACAUCUUCCUGGCGCCUCGAGGAAAUCAGGUUCCACAUCCGGCGGUUGCGAUCAUGGAUAACGCUGGUGAGAUGGUGUGGCAGCACUACGUUGAGGGUCAGGGCUAUAAUCUCAAGGUCCAGGAGUAUCAGGGCGAGCAGGUUCUCACGUUCUGGGAAGGCAAUGAUGCAGUCGGUGGACAUGGCGAGGGUGACUAUUAUAUGUACAAUUCCAGAUACGAGCAGAUUGCAAAGAUCUCGGCUGUGAAGGGACUGCAUGCCGACCUGCACGAGAUGACCAUCACACCUCAAGGCACUGCUAUCAUAACAGUCUACGAGAUCUAUCCCGUCACAGUCCCUGGCUUUGUAGAUGACACAGACGUACUCUGGAUCUGGGACUGCCUCUUUCAAGAAAUCGACAUUGCGAGCAACGAGCUGGUCUUCCAGUGGCGUGCAUCCGAACACCACCACUUGAACGAAACAUUUCGGAACAUCCAUGAUGAGGGACGAACGCCCAACCAACCGUGGGACUGGUAUCAUAUGAACAGCAUACAGAAAGACGAGCUUGGCAACUAUCUGGUUUCGGCGAGGUACACGCAUACAAUCACCUACAUUGAUGGAAACACUGGCAACAUCAUCUGGAUUCUAGGCGGUAAGCGGAACGAAUUCGCGGAUCUGAGUACUGGCAAAAGCAAAGCUGUGAAUAUUGCUUACCAGCACUUUGCACGCUUCCACGACUUGACAGAGUUUCCGGUGCUGCUGGCAGAUGAAAUUGCUUUGCAUCCGGCAAAAGAUGUGGAUGGCAUGACGAAGAUGCUGGUCUCUGUCUUUGACAAUGGCGCAGACAACGGAGGGACAGGCGAGAGGCCUUCCAGAGGCGUCUUGAUCGAAGUCACGUAUCCUACCACCACGAGAACUUGGCCAAAAGGAACCACUUACAUGGCCAGGCUGAUCCAAGAAUACGUUCAUCCUGCCCAGUUUGUCUCGUCGAGUCAAGGCAGCAUGCAAAUCAUAGCCUCAAAUGACACCUCUGACCCACGAGUGCUACUAGGAUAUGGCUAUGUAGGUGUUUGGACCGAGUUCUCGGCCGAUGGAGAAGUACUCUGCGACAACAGAUUCUCUGCAAUGUCGUCGUGGGGCAACGGAGACGUGCAGUCUUAUCGUGUACUCAAAGCUCCUUGGAAAGGCGAACCGAGCUGGCCGCCGGCAGUCGCAUUUGGACAAGGCAAGCAACAGUCUUCUGUGUUUGUGAGUUGGAACGGAGCAACUGAGGUCAAGACGUGGAAGUUGCAGCAAGCGAGUGAGAGUGCAUGUGCAGAUGAUGACUGGGAAGAUGUUUCGACCACGCAGAAGAAGGGCUUUGAGACCAAACUCGACGUCGAAGACUGCGAUAUGCGAUUCCUACGAGUUGUUGGACUCGAUGCGGAUGGUGAGGUGCUUGGUGUCAGUCGGACUCUGGACAUUGGAUGGGAGGUCGGAGCCAAUGGCGUGUUUGAUGGCUUGGAACUUCGUGGGCACAGCGAGCUGCAGUUGGCAAUCAUUUCUGUUGCAGCGCUGGCUUUGUUUGUCAUUGGAUAUGAGAGCUUUCGCCACGUCAAGAGCUGGAUACAGGCAAAGUGGCUGGGGUAUGAGCAGGUGGAUGAGGACAGUGACGUGUCGUCUCUGGCUUUGGUUUGA